AUUCCGGCUCCCGCGGCUGCAGGCGCGCGGCGCUAGUGCCAGGCGGGCUUCGCCUUCCGCGCCCGCCCCGGCCCGGACCCCGCGCCCCGCCGCGGCCCACCGAGCCCCGCACGCCCCAGCCCAGCCGCCAGCGACGCCCGCACAGCCCCGGGAGCCCGGGCGGGGGGCCAUGCCGUGCCGGAGGGAGGAGGAAGAGGAAGCCGGCGAGGAAGCGGAGGGGGAGGAGGAGGACGACGACGACGACAGCUUCCUCCUGCUGCAGCAGUCGGUGACGCUGGGCGGCUCGGGCGAGGUGGACCGGCUGGUGGCCCAGAUCGGCGAGACGCUGCAGCUGGACGCGGCGCAGGACAGCCCGGCCUCCCCCCGCGCGCCCCCGGGGCCUCCCCUGCAGCCCCCGGCGGCGGCCAAGGCCGGGCCUUCCGCGCUGCCGCUGCUCCUGCCGCCCGCGCCGGCCGAGGCGGGGUGCCCGGCUCCCCCCGGGGCCCUUCGCUGCACCCUCGGGGACCGCGGCCGCGUGCGGGACCGGGCUGCGCCCUACUUUGUGGCCGAGCUCGCCGCGGGCCCCAGUGCGUUGUCUGGGCCGUGCAGGCGAGGCUGGCUGCGCGGCGCCGGCUCCUCCCGCCGCUUGCAGCAGCGACCGUGGCCGCCGGCCCGGACGCGCGCCCGUGACGACGACCCGCACCGGCUCCUGCAGCAGCUCGUGCUCUCGGGGAACCUCAUCAAGGAGGCCGUGCGGAGGCUUCAGCGAGCGGUCGCCGCAGUUGCAGCCACGGGCCCCGCCGGCACCCCAGGGCCUGGGGGCAGCCGCAGCGCACAGGACCCCGUCUCCCUGCAGUCCUCCGGCGCCUUGCAUUGACCGGGAGCCCCCGGAGGUGGGAGAGGAGGCAGCUUCGCAGUGCCUUGUCAUCAGCAGCCUUGAACUGGACGCCGCGAUCCUCACCGGCGACAGACUGACAGACCGCUUAGGUUGCGAGGAGGCUUGUGCGGAGAGACCUCUGGACAGAAAAUUCCUGGCCCUGGCGAAGUUUGGGAGAAAAAACUUAAGCUUGAAAGAAACACAUGGGUCAGGGCGCGGGAGAAUUUCCCCCAACCACCUUCGGGCCCAGGACCUGGGAUAAACUGGGAGAAAUAUGGCA